AUGGUUUUUCUGCUGCACAUGUUUUCCCUUUACACUCUGAGCGUCUUCAGCGGAGCCUCGGCCGCCUCUCACUAUAACUGCAACGGUCCUCUGGUAUCAGCGUUGCCCCAUUCAUCCUUUCAGAGCUCCUCUCAGUCGUCAGUCAGAUAUGCUGCGUACAAUGCCAAACUCAACAGAAGAGAUGGAGCCGGAGGCUGGUCCCCCAUGGUGACCGACCAGGAGCCCUGGCUCCAGGUGGACCUCAAGGAGCAGCUGGAGGUGACGGCGGUGGCUACGCAGGGACGUUAUGACAGCUGGGACUGGGUCAGCAGUUACCUGCUGCUCUACAGUGACACGGGCCGGGCGUGGAAACAGUACAGGCACGAGGACGGAGUCGGGAGGUUUGUCGGGAAUGUGAAUUCGGAGGCCGUGGUCCAGAACAAGCUGUCCCACCCUGUGAGGACACGUUUCCUGCGCUUCGUCCCUCUCGACUGGAACCCCAGCGGUUGGAUGGGCCUCAGAGUGGAGGUGUACGGCUGCUCCUACAAGUCGUACGUGGCGGACUUUGACGGCAGAAGCUCGCUGCUGUAUCGGUUCAACCAGAAGUCCAUGUCGACGGUGAAGGACGUGAUCUCCCUGCGAUUCAAGAGCCACCAGGCCGAGGGCGUGUUGCUGCACGGAGAAGGGCAGAGAGGAGAUUACGUCACCCUGGAGCUUCACCGAGGAAGACUGGACCUCUACCUCAACUUAGACGACAGCCGGCUGAGAUUCAGCAGCGGCCGCGUUGCUGUCACCGUGGGCAGUCUGUUGGACGACCAGCACUGGCACUCGGUUCACAUCGAGCGCUUCAACAAGCAGGUUAACCUCACAGUGGACUCCCACACACAGCACUUCCAAACCAAAGGAGAGGGACACUCGCUGGAGGUGGACUAUGAGCUGAGUUUCGGGGGCAUCCCGCUCCCUGGUAAACCCGGCACCUUCCUGAGGAAGAACUUCCACGGCUGCAUGGAGAACCUCUACUACAACGGGAUCAAUAUCAUAGACCUGGCAAAGAGACGCAAGCCACAGAUACACAGUGUGGGCAACGUGACCUUCUCGUGCUCGCAGCCCCAGCUGGUGGCUUGCACCUUUCUGAGCUCCGGCAGCAGCUUCCUGUCGCUUCCAUCAGCAGCAUCUGCCACGGGAGGCUUCUCUGUCCGCUUCCAGUUCAGGACGUGGAACCCAGAUGGGCUUCUGAUGUCUGUGGCGCUGAACCCGGAGCCCCAGAGACUGGAGCUGCAGAUCAGCAACACCCAACUGCGUCUGACCCUCCACAGCUCAGGACAACAGAAGUCAGAGGUCUCCACCGGUUUCCGAGUCAGUGACGGACUGUGGCACUCGGUGAGUCUGGACACCAGGAACCUUCAGAUCUCUGUGACCGUGGACGGAGAGCCGUGCUCCACCACUGAGCUGUGGGAGCAAGUGGAGUCGAGAGGCAGUUUGUAUUUUGGAGGUUGCCCUGCCGCCGACUGCCACGGCCCGACUCCGUCCUUCCAAGGCUGCAUGCGGCUCAUGUUCCUCAACGGCCAGCCGGUGAAUCUCAGCCACGUGCAGCAAGGACUGCUGGGAAAUUACAACGAGCUUCAGUUCGACACGUGCAACAUGAGAGACAGGUGCCUCCCGAACCUGUGUGAACACGGAGGCCGCUGCGCUCAGACGUGGAGCUCCUUCGCCUGCGACUGCUCGGGAACGGGUUACUCUGGAGCGACCUGUCACAACUCCAUCUACGAGUCGUCCUGCGAGGCGUACAAGAUGAUUGGCAGCUCCUCGGGCUUCUACUCCAUAGAUCCAGAUGGGAGUGGUCCCCUGGGGCCCGCGCAGGUGUACUGCAACAUGACAGCAACCAAUCCUCACUGUCACUCUGAGCAGCUCCUGGGAGUUUACCUGUGCCGUCAUAUCUUUUGA